ACCUUUUGAAGGCAGCACCAGCAUCCUCGAUGACGCUCAGCGGCGCAUUAUUUUUAUCCUCCUGUCGCCGCCAUUGCUGCCAUGCCACGAACAUCUUUGAGCAGCUGUGUGCGGUUAAUUUGAUACAUUUCACAGAUCUUUUGUUUUUUUAAUCGUGAAGCUUUUACCGUGGAGAAAGCAUCCCGAUUAUACUCAACUAACAAAGCGAGCUCACUACGGUAGAAAUCACAGUUAGCCAAGACAAUAAGUUAGCUAACUGUCGAACGUCCUUUUGUAAAAUAAGCUAGCAUAUGUGUUGCUAGCGACGCACUCGGGGUCCCGUUUUCCUGCUCGUAAUUUCUCCAAUAGAGAUUAUUUGUAGACUCAUUGACGAUGUCGCUACACGGUAAACGUAAAGAAAUCUACAAAUACGAGGCGCCAUGGACAGUUUACGCCAUGAACUGGAGCGUCCGACCCGACAAACGGUUCCGCCUCGCGCUCGGCAGCUUUGUGGAGGAGUACAAUAACAAGGUCCAGAUAGUUGGUCUGGAGGAGGAGAACUCAGAGUUUGUGUGUCGAAACACUUUCGACCACCCCUACCCCACCACCAAGGUCAUGUGGAUUCCAGACAGCAAAGGGGUGUACCCUGACCUGCUGGCCACGAGUGGAGACUACCUGAGAAUCUGGAGGGUGGGCGAAACAGAGACCCGACUGGAGUGCCUGCUCAACAAUAACAAGAACUCAGACUUUUGUGCACCACUCACGUCCUUUGACUGGAACGAGGUGGACCCAAACUUGUUAGGUACUUCCAGUAUUGAUACUACCUGUACGAUCUGGGGGUUGGAGACUGGUCAGGUGCUGGGCAGGGUCAACUUAGUGUCAGGUCAUGUCAAGACGCAGCUCAUUGCACAUGACAAAGAGGUGUAUGACAUCUCCUUCAGCCGAGCAGGUGGUGGCAGGGAUAUGUUUGCAUCAGUGGGAGCAGACGGCUCGGUCCGAAUGUUUGAUCUCCGUCACCUUGAACACAGCACCAUCAUCUAUGAAGACCCCCAGCACCACCCACUGCUCCGGCUCUGCUGGAACAAGCAGGACCCCAACUACCUGGUCACCAUGGCGAUGGAUAGCAUGGAGGUGGUGAUCUUAGAUGUGCGUGUGCCCUGUACUCCGGUGGCCAGACUCAACAACCACAGGGCCUGUGUCAAUGGAAUCGCCUGGGCGCCGCACUCCUCCUGUCACAUCUGUACAGCAGCGGAGGACCACCAGGCUCUAAUCUGGGACAUCCAGCAGAUGCCCCGGGCCAUUGAGGACCCUAUACUGGCCUACACAGCUGAGGGAGAGAUCAAUAAUGUCCAGUGGGCCACCACCCAGCCCGACUGGAUCGCUAUCUGCUACAACAACUGCCUGGAAAUCCUCAGAGUCUGAGCUUCAGCCAGGAAAAAAAUGAGGCAACUCAAAAACAUUGUCAAUUGAAUUAUCAAGCGGUUUAAGAAGGAUGCUCGUAUUGGGUUCAUGUUGAUACAGAUUAUGAGUGAGAACGACAGUCAGCGGUUGACUUUUUGAUACAAAAUCAAGACGUCCUGUAUCAGAAGGAGCGCCAAAACAAAAAUGGUAACCAAGUCUCAAGAAACUGUUGUGUACAGAUGUGAACCCAGGUUCAAUAGCCCUCAAGCUUUCAGUUUGUUGUCUCUCAGACAAAACAGUCUAGUCAGUUUCAUGUUUUUAUAUGCUAUUAUGGUGCAUUGUAUGUGUAGGUUUACCCAUUACAACGUCUUCAACCAUUCAUUUUUAUGAUGCAGCUAAAAUGUAGUUUAGCCACAUUUAAAAGUGGAUUGAAUGUGGUUUUAAGUGUUCAUAUAUUCAAUUGUUUUUUAACCUAAAUAUAUGUGUUCUAUUCAACUGAAUAUCAUUUGUGAUCUCUUUGUGCAACAAUUUACAGGUAUUAAAACUAGGGUUGGUAGUCUUGAGAAACUAGCUAAAUUGUUAUAGAUCACGAUAAUGAUCCAACUGAAAAACCCAGUCCAGUGUUGCCAUCUCUGGCAGAACUAAAUCAUAAAGACGCUUCAGGCCUCUCCCCCCAAAUUAUAAUGAUGUAUGUAAACAUGUAAUGAAUGUAAACAACGAACAUGGAUAUUGUUACUAACUCACAGCUGUUUAGCUAGCAGCUUAUGGGAUGUGAUGUGCGUUGAGUUUACAGGCAGGUAGCUCGUCCAAUCACUACAUCGGGGCCCAAUUAAAUGAUUUAACGUGCUUAUUACAGUUCUGCUAAAGCCACAGAUAUGUUGAUUAAUUGAUUGCUGCCAGAAUUUAAUGAGCAUUUCAACAAUCAAAAAUAGCUUCUUUUCUUUCUUUUUUUAAAGUUAUUUUAUUCAUAUGACCAUUCAUUUCUUCUUUUAAAUAAACAGUCCCUUGCAGUUUAAAACA